AUGAAUGAACCUAGUGCUGCUUUGCUCAGAAUGUUACACGAGUGGGACGAUGUACGUGCUGCAGGCCCUGGGGACGACAUCGACAAGUUCCAUCCCAUACGCCUGCUGCUAUGCUACCAUGCCAGGCUGCGGGCGGAGCACGAUCUUGACCAGAAAACCUGCGCUAACUGCUGCGUCCGCACCUUCUGUGGGCUUCACACCCUUUGCCAGGAGUAUCGCGAGCUCAGGAGUCGCGUCUUUGAGAUGCAAGAAGGGUGGCAUGCCAAUAUGGAGAGGAUGGGGAACUGUCGCCGCCUGACCUUCUUCUGUCCGUGUGUUGUCUUUGGGAAGAUCGCUGAGAUUGUCGACAAGGGAGCCAUAUCGUGUUGUGUGAUUGGGACAAUGUACAUGCUGCAGGCCUUGGGGACGACGGGGAUAGGCUCCAUAUUCUACCACUGCUGCUACCAUGCCAGGCUGCGGACGGAGCAUGGGCUGGAGGAGAAGCCGUGCUCCGACUGCUGCGUCCACACCUUCUGUGGGUACUGCGCCCUCUGCCAGGAGUACCGCGAGCUUAAGCGUCGUGGCUUCGACGUGCACGCAGGGUGGCACGCCAACAUGGAGAAGAUGGGGAAGACCAUGGCGCCGCAGAUGAACCAGGGGAUGACUCGUUAG